GAGCCGUCUCCAGCGCCUGCCCGGCCUCACACCGGCGCCGCCGGCCUCAGGCGGCUGUUUCACACGCGCGCGCUCGCGUCACGUGGGCCCCGGCUCCUCGCGGUCGCCGGCGGACCGCUGAGCCGGGAGGGAGAAGCUGCGGACACUGCUUGCCCUCCCUCGGCGCCCCGCGGCGGACUCGCAGAUCAAAAUGGCGAAAGGGGGGUAGCCCGCACCGACCCUGAAGCGAUGGGACGCGCAGGUGGGGCGGCUGGCGGGGCCCUCUGACUCGGGCUGCGGGCUUCUUCUCGGCCAUUUGAACUGGCGACCCCCGGCCGGCGCCCCGUAGGUCAGACCACGGACUCCGCGGGUCUCCGAGGGCCCGGUCGAGAGCCGGAGGCAAUGGAUGAACAGAGCGUGGAGAGCAUUGCUGAGGUUUUCCGAUGUUUCAUUUGUAUGGAGAAAUUACGAGAUGCACGCCUGUGUCCUCAUUGUUCUAAGCUUUGUUGCUUCAGCUGCAUAAGGCGCUGGCUGACAGAGCAGAGAGCUCAGUGUCCUCAUUGCCGUGCUCCACUCCAGCUGCGAGAACUAGUCAAUUGUCGUUGGGCAGAAGAAGUCACUCAGCAGCUUGACACCCUUCAGCUCUGCAGUCUUACCAAACACGAAGAGAACGAAAAGGACAAGUGUGAAAAUCACCAUGAGAAACUUAGUGUGUUUUGCUGGACUUGUAAGAAAUGUAUCUGCCAUCAGUGUGCACUUUGGGGAGGAAUGCAUGGUGGCCAUACCUUUAAACCUUUGGCAGAAAUUUAUGAGCAGCAUGUCACCAAAGUGAAUGAAGAGGUAGCCAAGCUUCGUCGGCGGCUGAUGGAACUGAUCAGCUUAGUUCAAGAAGUGGAAAGAAAUGUGGAAGCUGUAAGAAAUGCAAAAGACGAACGUGUUCGGGAAAUUAGGAAUUCGGUUGAGAUGAUGAUUGCAAGGUUAGACACACAGCUGAAGAACAAGCUUAUCACACUGAUGGGUCAGAAGACAUCUUUAACUCAAGAAACAGAACUGCUAGAAUCCUUACUUCAGGAAGUAGAACACCAGUUGCGGUCUUGUAGUAAGAGCGAGUUAAUAUCCAAGAGCUCAGAGAUCCUCAUGAUGUUUCAGCAAGUUCAUCGAAAGCCCAUGGCAUCAUUUGUUACCACUCCUGUUCCACCAGAUUUUACCAGUGAAUUGGUGCCAUCUUAUGAUUCAGCUACUUUUGUUUUAGAGAAUUUCAGCACUUUACGUCAGAGAGCAGAUCCUGUUUACAGUCCACCUCUUCAAGUGUCAGGACUCUGCUGGAGGCUAAAAGUUUACCCUGAUGGAAAUGGAGUUGUGCGUGGUUACUACUUGUCUGUGUUUCUGGAACUCUCAGCCGGAUUGCCUGAAACUUCAAAAUAUGAAUAUCGCGUGGAGAUGGUUCACCAGUCUUGCAAUGAUCCUACCAAAAAUAUCAUUAGAGAAUUUGCGUCUGAUUUUGAAGUUGGAGAAUGCUGGGGCUAUAAUAGAUUUUUUCGUUUGGACUUACUUGCAAAUGAAGGAUACCUGAAUCGACAAAAUGAUACAGUGAUACUAAGAUUUCAGGUACGUUCACCAACUUUUUUUCAAAAAUGCCGGGACCAACAUUGGUAUAUCACUCAAUUGGAAAGUGCGCAAACAAGUUACAUACAACAGAUAAACAAUCUUAAAGAGAGACUUACCAUUGAACUGUCUCGAACUCAGAAAUCAAGAGAUUUGUCACCACCAGAUAAUCAUCUUAGCCCCCAAAAUGAUGACACUCCUGAGGCUCGAGCUAAGAAGUCUGGCUCAUGCUCUGACAUGCUUCUCGAAGGUGGCUCCACUGCAGUUUGUAUAAGAGAGGCCAAAGAGGAUGAAGAGGAUGAGGAGAAGAUUCACAAUGAAGAUUAUCAUCAUGAGCUUUCAGAUGGAGAUCUGGAUCUGGAUCUUGUUGGAGAAGAUGAAGUGAAUCACCUUGAUGGCAGCAGCUCCUCGGCCAGUUCCACAGCAACAAGUAACACCGAAGAAAAUGAUAUUGAUGAAGAAACUAUGUCUGGAGAAAAUGAUGUUGAAUAUAACAACAUGGAGCUGGAAGAGGGGGAGCUCCUGGAAGAUGCAGCUGCUGCAGGACCUCCAGGUGGUAGCCAUGGCUACAUGGGUGCCAGUAGCAGAAUGUCACGAAGAGCACAUUUAUGCUCUGCUGCUACCAAUAGUUUAUUGGAUAUUGAUCCCCUAAUUUUAAUACAUUUGUUGGACCUUAAGGACCGGAGCAGCAUGGAAAAUUUGUGGGGCUUACAGCCUCGCCCACCUGCCUCGCUUUUACAGCCUGCAGCGUCAUAUUCUCGAAAAGAUAAAGACCAAAGGAAGCAGCAGCAAGCAAUGUGGCGAGUGCCAUCUGACUUAAAGAUGCUGAAAAGACUCAAAACGCAAAUGGCUGAAGUUCGGUGUAUGAAAACUGAUGUAAAGAACACACUUUCAGAAAUAAAAAACGCUGCUGCUUCUGGAGAUGUGCAGACAAACCUUCUUUGCGCGGACCAGGCAGCCCUGGCUGCGUGUGGGCCUGCAACCUCAAGCAGAUUGCAAGGCUUGGGAAUGGAGCUCUUGGCGAAGUCGUCGGUGGCCAGCUGCUACGUACAGAACUCCGCAAGUAAGAAGAGUAAUUCACCUAAGCUAGCUCGGUCUAGUAUUGCAGGCAGUCUGUCGCUUCGGAGAGCAGUGGAUGCUGGGGAGAGCUGCCGUUCCAAGGGAGAUGGCCAGGCUCUCUCUGAAGGCGCCCCGGGCAGCUCGCAGUGUGGGAGCAGGCACAGCUCUCCCCGCACCUUGACACACGGUGUUAUCAGCGACAUUCUGCCCAAGGCAGAAGAACGGCAGUGCAAAGCCCUGGAUUCCCGUGCUGUCGUGGUCGCCGUGUUCAAUGGCCUACCUAUGGUAGAGAAGAGGAGGAAAAUGGCUGCUUUGGGGGCUAAUGCCAAAGGAGGCUGUUUGGAAGGCCUGCAGGUGCCGGAUUUGGAAGCCAGCUCUGAAACUGAGGAGCUGCAGCCCGUGCUCCCUGAAGGAGCCACCGCUGCCGCGGAGGACGGUAAGCAAGGCGCGUUCUCCCCUUCUCUCCCGCCAGGAAUGAGCAGUGACAGUGACAUUGAAUGUGACACUGAGAACGAGGAGCAGGAUGAACACACCAGCCUGGGCGGGUUCAAGGACUCUUUCAUGGCCCAGCCCCCGGAUGAAGGUACACAUUCCAGUUUUCCUGAUGGUGAACAAAUAGAUCCUGAAGUGCUCAGCUUCAAUACUGAUGAAAACAAUGGAAGGUAAUUGUUAAAUCAACAGAACUGCCUUGCUCACUAGUUGACCCCAAGCUGUGCUGUCAUUGUGUUCCAGUCUGUCCUCAGUGAGACAGGCAGAGCUGGUCUCAUGGUUUGUCAUCUCCCCCACAAAGUAACGCGGCAGCCGUUACAGUAGCUCACUGCUAGUGUGACACAGUAGUUCCCCGGGAGCAGGUGCCACGGCCCUGCACUGACACAGCACAGUCGCCCCCAGUUAGCAGGUGAGGACCCUCACACAAAGCAGUCUGUCGGCUGUGCCCCCUGUGGACUUGAGGCCAGGCAUGGGCUCGACCUCCCGCCUCACUGCUGGCUUCGGCUGGAUGCUCAGUUGUCUGUAAAUGUAUUUAAUGGGCUUUAAUUAUGGUUGAUGGUUUCAUUAGUACAUGUAGGGUAGUAAAUAGGAACAUUACUUGUGACUAGGUACCUGUAGACACUUUCGAUGAAUAACUGAAGUAACACUAGCCUCAGUUUACUCUUGGGAAUAUGUUGACAGAGUAAAAUUUUAAUUUAUUUUUCUUGCUCGUUCAAGUGCAAGCGCACUUUCAUGUUUCUCUGGUUUGACUUUUGCAAAUGUAAUUUUAAAUAACUUAAUAUGGAUUGGUCAUGUCCCUGGUCAUGUGGAGUCAUGUAAGAUCAUUUGAAAUCACUGAUUUCAUUUAUUUCUGCCUCUUGUUUAAGUGCAGUACAACAAAUAUUUUAAACCCCUCUUUGUUUUCAUUAGUUGAUUGUUGACUUGGGUGUCGUUGCAUUUAGAUUCACAUAUUGUGCACAGUGAAACUGUGAUACAAAGCUUUCCUCUGUGCUCAUAACUGGUUGGAAAUAAUUGCCAAACAUUGCCAUUGUGCCCCUGCAUUUGUGUUUGAGCUGCUGUAAGAUGGCGAAAAUUACACUGAGAAUGGGACCGGGAGGCUCCUGGGAGACCAUGAAUAACUGAAUGCCCGUGAGAGACAUCGUGCUCCUCAUGUCUUACUGCAUGAGCAGUGUUCACUUUUCCGUAUCUAACGUCAUGCCGAAUGCUGUGACUCGUUUAUUUUGUUCAAAAUAGUUUGCCCUUUUUGUUAAUAAAAAUGAACUUGAGAAAAUAUGCCUCUGCAAUUUAUUAACAAUGGGACCAGAAACCUCUUGUUCCAGUCUUGUGACUGUGCUGUUGGACAGCAUGGCAAUAUCAAACAUUGGAGUCUUUUUGUUGUGUGGUGAGGGAUGACGCCUCCACAAAGCCUUUCUCCCAGUCAUCUUGGAAUCAUAAUAAGCCUUAGAGAUCCAAAGACUGCGUUAAGGAUGACCGCUUUUAAUUUGGACUUGCUGACUUUGAGUAGCCAAGUAUGAGGAAAAUGAAUUCCUCUUCUGGUGUCUGGGCAUCUUUUGUAUCAAGUCUGCCCAGUCGCCCGGCGGUGCCAAGGACGCGCAGCUUUCCCAGAGCGCCCGCCGUGGCUGGACUCGUAACGUGUGGGGAGGGUCGGAAGGAGCAAGGGCGCUGAGAGACGUGUUCUUUGAGUCCUCACUUUUUCUUUCCGACCAUUUUACUUCUGCU